UGAAGCUUGGCUUUGGUGAUGAGAAUCCGGAGUUCAACCUUGUGGUGGACUCGCCAUCAUUGGCGCACGUGCGGCGAUCCCUUCUUGAACGCGUAGUCUAGGAAUGGUGUAUUUUUUUCGUUUAUGUCGUGUCUUGUAUCAUAGGGAUUAGUCGCUAUCUGGGGAGGUAAUGCCGUGAGGUAUAAGGCCUCAGGGUUUGUUUUCCAUUUUAUUUCCGGGUAGAUGGUGUUCGGCUGCUGAGUUUUGCACUAUUAAUAAUAUAUGACUGUAUCCAUCGUCCUGAUGCAUUGGACGGUGGUUAUCCUUCUUUUUAAAAAAAGAGAUUAGCCACCAACCCUCUCUUAAAAUUAGCAUUCCAUUGCUUUACUUAAGGGUUAGCUUUCUGGUCGUUUGAUAAUGUAGUAAAGCUUGCAUUCUGUUGCUUUACUGAAGGACUAUGGAAGUGCCGGCACUGCGAUUGGACGUACCGCUUGGCUAGUCCGUGCGGAAAUCGUACCGUAGAUCAUCGAGGCUUAUUAAAACCAGAGCAUUUGGCAGUUGAAUCAUAUUCGGAGAACCAAGCUGCUGCAGAUCAAGUGCAGUCCGAGAUGCAGAACUCCAACGAUACAACCACUAAAAUUGAAUCUCGCACAUAUGCUCAUCAUAGUCAUGGCACAGUUGUAAAACCAGAGCACUCGAUAACCGAAUCAUCGCCGGCAGAUCAGAACACGACAACCACCACAACUACAACCACAUCGGCAACAGCUACCACAACCUCUACAACCACAUCAGCAGCAGCAACAACUCACUCAUCGUCUGCUACAGGAAUCUUUCACGCAGAAGUAAUGGAAGGGAUGACAGGUGACACGCCUCCCCUGAAGCCUGCCGAUGGAGUUAUCAUGGAUGCAACUCACCACCUACUUGGACAUGGGGGUAGGCCUAAUAAAGUGCUCAGUAUGCAUGGACUACUGUUAUUCAGAGCUGCAGCCUGAUAGCAGUAAUUAUACUUGCUCAGAUGUUCAUGGAACUACAACGACAACCUUCGAGAAUGGCUCAUUUACCACCCAUGUAAGUCGCAUAACAGAACUCAAGGUCGAUUGCCCGAAUGUGACCACUAUCGUGAGGGGUGAUUUACCAACCUCGCCGAUACCUCAAGCAGCAGAUCAACCUCAUGUAGCAGUGUCAGUCCCUCAAGAUGUGAAUCCGGCUGCUCCUAGCCCCCAACAGAGUGAUGACUGGGAUAUACCGAAAGCCAUAGUGUAUGGUGGCUUAGUGGAGUCAGUCACCAGCCUCUCCGUUGUUUCAGCAGCAGCAUCAAGUGGAGCAAAAACAUUGGACAUAUUCAUCUUGGGCAUAGCCAACCUUAUGGGAGGGCUUCCUCUCAUUUUCCACAAUAUUGCCGAUCUAAGAGACAUUCGAGAUGUGAAUGAGGACAACGAGCGCGUCGGCCACUACUGGUUGCAGCUCGGAAGGCGGACGAAAGCCCGACUCCACAUGAUCCUGGCCCUGCUCUCAUACAUCGUGUUCGGGCUACUUCCACCAAUCCUCUAUGGUCUGUCAUUCCGUGAGAGCAAUGACAGGGAGAACAAGAUGAUGGCCGUCGCUGGUGCUUCACUCGUCUGCAUCGCUCUACUAGCACUUGGAAAGGUGCAUGUCAAGGCAGCACCCAGGACAUACUUCAAGACCCUAAUGUACUACCUGACGGUCGCUGUGAGCUCAUCGGGGCUGUCCUGCGUCGUCGGCGUGCUGAUCACACGGCUCCUGGUGCACUUUGAAAUUAUCGAGCAAGGUGGGUCGGCUGCUCCUCCUUCUCCGGGCCUGUCGUUCCCUCAUUCAGUGGGUGCACAAACAUCUGCCUGGGCCUCAUUCUGAAUUCUGAACUCGGAAGUUAUUGGGAAACAGUGCUGAAAAAGAGAAGACAUGUAUGAGUGGCAUUGGUGUUUGAUCCUGACAUAUUGAUAGCAGCACUGAACUGGCAACCAGGCAACUGAGAAAGACCAAUUGAAAUGAACACAGGCCACUGAGUUGACCCACCACACCGAGCAAAGCAAACACCCAUGAAAUUAUAUAGAUAAGAAGCAUACAUAAGACACACAUAGAUCCAGAAAGAGUUUCGAAUUAAAACCUGUAAAAAGAUGCAAUCUUCAGUUUUUACAGAGUCCAGUAGUGCCGGUAGAAAUUUAGCUGAUGGUACCAAGCAGUUAUUAAGCUGCAGGGCACACUGAUAAAUGUCCAGCUGGUAGUUCUGCGUAAAACUUGAGCGGUAAUUCCGAUGUGUCUUACCAACUUGGAACUAGAUCAACCAUGUGUUGUUAGUACCCGGUGGUUCCACAACAGUGCUUUUGUGUGUGUAAAAGAACCUAGAUUGCCAAUAAAAAUCAUUUGAUUUUCGGUAUAUCCGAUGUGAAAUGCAAGGGGGCAUACAGUCCCAAUCCUUUUCGGUAGUACACGUCCAUUAUUACGAAAAUAGCGAUAAGUUAUGUGCCAUUAUC